ACAGUCUACUUAUCCACGUGGGUUCUGCGCGUGUUUCCCGGUCCCUUGUAGCCGGAGCUUUAAGCUCUGUCCCCGGCAUAGUCGACAUGGGUCGCUCGGGGAAGUUGCCCUCUGGUGUCUCGGCCAAGUUAAAACGCUGGAAGAAAGGCCAUAGUAGCGACAGCAACCCUGCCAUCUGCCGCCACCGCCAGGCUGCCCGCAGCCGCUUCUUCAGCCGGCCCUCAGGAAAAAGCGACCUGACUGUUGAUGCGGUGAAGUUGCAUAAUGAGCUGCAGUCCGGGUCCCUGCGUGUGGGCAAAAGCGAAGCCCCUGAGACGGCCAUGGAAGAGGAGUGGGGGGCCGCUCUCACGGAGAAGUCCUCGGGCACCUUCCUGAGCGGCCUCUCGGACUGCACAAAUGUCACCUUCAGCAAAGUGCAGCGCUUCUGGGAGUCCAACUCAGCUGCGCACAAGGAGAUCUGUGCUGUUCUGGCUGCUGUCACUGAGGUGAUUCGCUCCCAGGGAGGGAAGGAGACAGAGACUGAGUACUUCGCUGCACUGAUGACAACAGUGGAGGCAGUGGAGUCCCCCGAGUCUCUGGCUGCUGUCGCUUACCUGCUGAACCUUGUCCUGAAGCGUGUGCCCAGUCCUGUACUCAUUAAGAAGUUUUCCGACACCUCCAAGGCCUUCAUGGACAUCAUGGCAGCCCAGACCAACAGUGGCUCCACCUCUGCCCUCCGAUGGGUCCUCUCCUGCCUGGCCACCCUUCUGCGGAAGCAGGACCUGGAGGCCUGGAGCUACCCUUUGACCCUGCAAGUGUACCAGGGGCUGCUGAGCUUCACGGUGCACCCGAAGCCCAAGAUCCGGAAGGCUGCCCAGCACGGCGUGUGCUCCGUCCUCAAGGGCAGUGAGUUCAUGUUCGGUGAAAAAGCCCCUGCCCAUCAUCCUGCUGCCGUUUCCACGGCCAAAUUCUGCAUCCAGGAGAUUGAGAAGUCUGGAGGCUCUAAGGAGGCCACCACCACACUACACAUGCUGACGCUGCUGAAGGACGCGCUGCCCUGCUUCCCAGAAGGCCUGGUCAAGAGCUGCAGUGAGACCCUUCUCAGGGUCAUGACCUUGAGCCAUGUGCUGGUGACAGCCUGUGCCAUGCAGGCCUUCCACAGCCUCUUCCUUGCCAAGCCCAGCCUAGGCACCCUGUCAGCAGAGCUCAACGCCCAGAUCAUCACGGCCUUAUAUGAUUAUGUUCCCAGCGAGAAUGACUUACAACCCCUGCUGGCCUGGCUUAAGGUCAUGGAGAAAGCUCACAUCAACCUGGUCAGACUGCAGCGGGACCUGGGGCUGGGCCACCUCCCUCGCUUUUUUGGAACCGCGACCACUUGCCUCCUCUCCCCACACUCGCAGGUGGUGACAGCUGCCACUCAGAGCCUUCAGGAGAUCCUGAAGGAAUGUGUCGCUCCCCACAUGGCCAGCAUUGGUUUCGUGACCUCUUCAGCCUCUGGCCCUGCCCAGCAUGUCUUCAAGAUGUUCAGGGCAGUGGAGGAAGGCCUGACAUACAGAUUCCACGCAGCCUGGAGCUCCGUGUUGCAGCUGCUGUGUGUCUUCUUCCAGGCCUGCGGGAGGCAGGCCCAUCCUGUGAUGAAGAAGUGCCUCCAGUCCCUGUGUGACCUGCGUCUCUCCCCGCACUUCCCUCACACGGCGGCUCUGGAUCAGGCCGUGGGGGCAGCGGUGGCCAGCAUGGGACCCGAGGUGGUUUUAGAGGCUGUGCCUUUGGAAAUUGACGGCUCUGAGGAGACUCUGGAUUUCCCACGGAGCUGGCUGCUGCCUGUCAUCCGGGACCACGUCCAGAAAACACGACUUGGUUUCUUCACCACCUAUUUCUUACCCCUGGCUACCACCCUGAAGAACAAAGCAACGGAUCUGGCCCAGGCUGGCAGGACAGUGGAGUCCAAGAUCUACGAUACACUCCAGUGGCAGAUCUGGACCCUCCUGCCUGGGUUCUGCAUGAAGCCCACGGAUGUGGCCGCCUCCUUCAAAGGGCUGGCGCGGACACUGGGCACGGCCAUCAGUGAGCGCCCAGACCUAAGGGUCACUGUGUGCCAAGCCCUGCGCACCCUCGUCACCAAGGGCUGUGAGGCGGAGGCCGACCGUGUGGAGGUGAGCCGUUUUGCCAAGAACUUUCUGCCAAUCCUCUUCAACCUAUACGGGCAACCUGUUGCAGCUGGGGACACCCCAGCCCCCCGCCGGGCUGUGCUGGAAACAGUCAAAACUUACCUGACCAUUACAGACCCUCAGUUGGUGAACAGCUUCCUGGAAAAGGCCAGCGAGAAGGUGCUGGACUCUGCUAGCUCUGACUUCACCAGAUUGUCUGUGUUGGAUCUGGUUGUGGCCUUGGCUCCCCACGCGGAUGAAGCUGCCAUCGGCAAGCUGUACUCCACCAUCCGGCCCUACCUGGAGAGCAAGGCCCACGGAGUACAGAAGAAGGCCUACCGGGUGCUGGAGGAGGUGUGCGCCUGUUCCCAGGGCCCUGGGGCCCGCUUCGUGCAGAGCCACCUGGACGACCUGAAGGCGACCCUGCUGGACUCGCUGCAAGGCACCUCCUCACCUGCCAAGAGGCCCCGUUUGAAGUGCCUCAUACAUAUCGUGAAGAAGCUGUCCGCUGAACACGAGGAGUUCAUCACUGCCCUCGUCCCGGAGGUGAUCUUGUGCACCAAGGAGGUGUCGGUGGGGGCUCGGAAGAACGCUUUUGCCCUGCUGCUGGAGAUGGGCCGUGCUUUCCUUCGGUUUGGCCCAAACCAAGAAGAAGCCCUGCAGCGCUACCUCGUCCUGAUCUACCCUGGCCUCGUGGGCGCUGUGACCAUGGUCAGCUGCAGCAUCCUGGCCCUGACCCACCUCCUGUUUGAGUUUAAAGGUCUCAUGGGGACCAGCACGAUCGAGCAGCUGCUGGAGAACGUGUGCUUGCUCUUGGCUUCCCGCACCCGUGAUGUGGUCAAGUCAGCACUGGGCUUCAUCAAGGUGGCAGUAGCGGUCAUGGAUGUGGCGUGCCUGGCCAAACACGUGCCGCUGGUGAUGGAGGCCAUUGGGAAGCUUUCAGACGACAUGCGGCGGCACUUCCGCAUGAAGCUUCGGAACCUGUUCAUCAAGUUCAUCCGCAAGUUCGGGUUUGAGCUGGUGAAGGGGCUGCUGCCCGAGGAGUACCACAAGGUCCUGGUGAACAUUCGGAAGGCAGAGGCCCGCGCCAAGAGGCACCGUGCUCUGAGCCAGGCUGCCGAGGAAGAGGAGCAGGAGGAGGAAGAGGAGUCUGCCCAGGGCAAAGGCGACAGCAUCGAGGAGAUUCUGGCCGACUCGGAGGAGGAGGAGGAGGAAGAAGAGGAAAGGAGCCAGGCCAAGGAGCGCCGGAGGCUGGCCCGACAGAGGAGCCGGGCGUGGCUGAAGGAGGGUGGUGGAGAUGAGCCGCUCAACUUCCUGGACCCUAAGGUGGCCCAGCGAGUCCUCGCCACACAGCCUGGGCCUGGCCGGGCCAAGAAGAAGGACCACGGCUUCAAGGUGAGCGCCGAUGGCCGCCUCAUCAUCCGGGAGGAGGACGAGGACGAUGCUGUCACGGCCAGGACGGAGGAGGAGGAAGGCACGAAAGGGGAGGACGAAGAGAUGACUGACGUGAUGGAAGACAUGGGUGUCAGGAGUAAGAAACACCAGAAGCUCAAGCAUCAGAACGAGGCUGACGAUGAGGAGCUAGAAAUGCCACCUCGGUACCAAGCUGGAGGCUCUGGCAUCCACCGCCCUGUGGCCAAGAAGGCUAUGCCUGGGGCCGAGUACAAGGCCAAGAAAGCAAAGGGUGACGUGAAGAAGAAAGGUCGGCUCGACCCCUACGCCUACAUCCCCCUCAACAGAACCAAGCUCAACCGCAGGAAGAAGGUGAAGCUGCAGGGACAGUUCAAAGGCCUGGUGAGAGCUGCCCAGCGGGGAUCCCAGGUGGGACACAAACUCCGCAGGAAGGAUCGUCGGCCCUGAAGCCCCGGGGCCCCCAGAGCUGCUCUGUGACCCCGCCUAAGGUCCCCCUGCAGCUCCCGAUGCUCGAGGUUCUGGCACAGCCUGGACUCAGAAUGACUUAUUGGACGGGGCUUGGCUUCCAGAGAGGCACCCAGGAUUUUGGGAGCUCCAAACUGGAGUUGCCCCUCAGAGAUGUCCCUAAGGCCUAGGGAUGGGAAUGUGGUCUCACUGCCUCCAAGAAGGCUGGUGAGGCCGCUGUGGUUCCUGUGCAGGUGACCAUGCACCAGAGCACCUUCCUGUGCAGGUGACGGUGCGCCAGAGCAGAGCACAGCUUCUGUUUCUUCCAGUCGCUUAUAGCCAUGUGGCGCUUAGCCUGGCUGUGGUCUGGGUGUGUAAGAUUUGCUGUGACCAGGUGUAGAAUAAACGGGCACCACCAUGCGUUAUCCUUGGAAGCACUGUGCUUUAUCACCUGCACCUCCGGGGCCAAGAACCAUGUCCAGCUAUUGGCAACAGUAGCUUGACCGCUUCUUGGCCGGUCCCAACAUCCGGUCUCAGGCACUGCAGGUAGCCCUGGGUCAGGCCUUAGGGCUUGCCCAGGGACACCCACCUGUGUCAGGAGGUCUCCCCGGCUUCUCUGUACAGCUCCAGUCAGAAGGUGACAUUUGGAGGUGCGGGAGGCACGGGAGUGCUCUGGAGCCGGUCUGUGGAGCGGCCGAGAGCUGCCUAGAGCCAUGGCGCCGGCUGCCCCCAGCCGCCCCGCACACAGCUUUCUCCUGGCAGCUUUGUUCUCAGAUUCACUGAGGUGAUUACCGAGCCCCUCUGAGUGCCGAGCACAGCAGGAUCUCCUGCCUCCCUGAUCAUCAUGUCCUGGUUUCCCGGGCAGGUAGACAAGUUGUGCAGAGAGCAGCAUGCUUUGUUGGUCUGGAGUCAAGGGAAUAGUAGUGCUGACCUCCCAUUGCCCCUGAGGUCACUUUAUCAGCCAGGGGACCCCUGUGUGUGUUUUCCUAACAGGCAUCAAGAAGCAAGGAACCCUGGGGCUUUUCCCAACAGGAGGAAUGUUCCCCUAGCAUUUGAUCUAUAGCUUUAUUCCUCUUAAAUUCUCUCCGUUUGCGAUGAGACAACCGCCCCCGCCAGCCUCUAUACACACAUACUCAGUAGUUUCCAUUCUAGUUUCAUGCCCUUGGCUCAGAUAAUGCUCCCAGGAGGCACUGUGCGCAGGAGCUCCAGUCUUGAUUUGAUCCAUCCACCCCCAAAUGAGGGCAUCUCUUCCUAGUUACUUGGGGGCUAGGAAGUGGAGAGGAACCACACUUCACCCAGAGGUGGCGCUCUUUCCAUGCCUUGUUCACAGAACGUCCGGGCUUGGAGAGCCAGGACCUUGGUCACAAGAGAUGGCUAUUAGAAAUUUGCCAACGUGAUCUGUGACCCCUGUGGUUACACUUCGGUACAAACUAGGCCUAUCGUAGCCCUCUGCUGUUUCCUUUGUCAGGAAAUCAGCCACGUGCCGAAAGACACUCCAUGAGAGUAGGAAUGGGGAUAAGCCAGUUGCCCAAUGUUGAUAUUUUUAACAAAAAGUCUGAAACCAGCUUGCUUACUAUAGUGUGCUUUCCAGGGACCUUCAUUUUCUUUCUAAUGUAGGGCUGGAGCAAGUGUCUAGAAGGUUGGUGUUGGGGCACCUGGGUGCCUCAGGUGGUUAAGUGCC